AUGACUGGAUUGACCAACAGUCUCGUGGGAACUGCAGCCCUAGCUUCAGCAGUGCUGAUAGCUGUCGCUGUACUCUCCGUUGGCUACGUGGUCAACGACCUCAGCAACUUCUAUGACGACUCUGUACAAAGGAUUGAAGAAUUCAAGGGUGUUGCUGACGAUGCGUGGGCCAAAAUGAUCCAAACAGAGGGAGGAGCAAGAUUCGCCCGUCAAACCUAUGGUGAUAGUGGAGCGACCAAUACCCCUGGAGAACAGCCGAGCUCUUGUCCUGUCGGCCCUCCA